UCAAUAUUAUGAGAGGACAUUGUCAGAAACGAAAGUCGUAGUUAGUAGUAUUCAUUCGUCCACAGACACGACAGGAGCUGAUAAAAAUUUCCUAAUAAAAAACCGAAAGAGCUUAAAUAAGCGUAGUAACUUUCGGGUUAAUUUAGAAGUUUUAGGCUAUAUAGUAACCAUUAGCCGUCGCCACAACAUGAACACCACUCAAGAAGAAAUUGGAAGCAACAACUCGAUUGGCUCCAUCCAGAGCCGCGACAUGGUUGUUUCCCCGUCCCGGUUCGUGACCAGCUCGCCCGAGACUGGAAGGAUGCAUUCGGCCGAGGAGUCUUCAAUGAAGGUUCGUGACUUGGUCAAUGUUUAUAACAUUGCCACAGAGAACAACCAGGACCUGGAGCAGGCCAAGUCCUUGUACUUUGGCUCUCGUUCUGAAAUCGAGCAGCUCCCGGUCGAGGGCUCCCCUUUAUCGCCGGAUGACAAGGACAAGGGAAUUAGUAACAUUCAGACAAACUCCGCUGAGGAGGAGAGCUUUAUUCGUUUGAAUGCCCACGAUGAGGGUGGUGCCAACUGCUCCGUGGAGAAAUCUUAUCAGAGCAAGACCACUAUUCGCCGCACCGAUAAAGGUGUCCGCAUCAUCAUUGACAUUUUCUUCGAUAAGAAGGAGAGCGAUAUCGACAUUGUGGGCAGCCGUGUAGAGACUGACAUUCCCGAGAGCCACAUCCUGGCCGACUUCCAGCAGCACUCGUUGGCCUUGCAGAUGCUGGAGCAACAGCCAACCAUCCGUAACCAAGACGAGGACCAGCAAUAAUCAACCAAUAAUUACAAUCCAUGGCAUCAUCAGCCACAAACUUGAGCAUUUUAGCUCAAACUCAAGAAUUUUAGCUCAAACUCGAGCAUUUUAGCUUAGCGUAGCUUAGUCGCUCCAAGCUAGUUAGUUAGCUAUUUAGUUAGCCGAUUUGUUUCUCAGAUUAGCCAUAGUCCACAAAAUAUCACAAAAUUUCAUGUUGUAACGUAUGUAACGUAUGAGCGGCGUAUGGAUCUAUGUUUUGAUUUUUUGACAACUGCAAACCAAAAAUUCGACAAUAAUAAACCAUCGAAUGAGUUAUUUUACCAAAA